ACAUGGUGCGGUGAUGUAGUCGUAGAUUUCAUUACAGAAGCCACCUCCGACUGACUCAGAGGCAAAAGGAGUUUGUUUCUGUUUUUGUAUUUUCAAAACCAAAUCUCACCCUUUUUCCUUUCCUUUCUCAUUUCAUUCUUUCCAAAUUCCCACCUCUCAGCUUUCUCUUCUUCCGAGGAAACCAAUCCGUGACCGAUCCAAUGUCGUUUUGAAUCGCGUGCCUUCCUCCUCUCUUAUAAGCUUGAACUGCUCUCUGUGUGUGUUUCAAGAAAGAAAGAAAGAGAGAGAAAGAGGAGCUGGCAAAUGGGAAUGGGUUCGAAGAUGGAAGGAACGUCUACCCCAGCAAUUCGACGUGACCCAUAUGAGGUUUUGUCCGUGUCAAGAGACUCAACCGAUCAAGAAAUUAAAACCGCUUACAGAAAGCUUGCUCUCAAGUAUCACCCUGACAAAAAUGUCAACAAUCCUGAAGCUUCAGAACUAUUUAAAGAGGUUGCAUAUUCUUACAGUAUCUUGUCUGACCCAGAGAAGAGAAGGCAAUAUGACAGUGCAGGAUUUGAGGCACUUGAUGCUGAUAACAUGGACAUGGAAAUUGAUUUAUCUAAUCUUGGGACUGUGAACACAAUGUUUGCAGCUUUAUUCAGCAAGCUGGGAGUCCCUAUCAAGACUACCAUUUCAGCUAAUGUUCUUGAAGAAGCUCUGAAUGGCACAGUUACAGUCAGACCCCUUCCUAUUGGGACAUCAGUCAGUGGAAAGGUAGAGAAGCAAUGUGCUCAUUUUUUUGGUGUAACAAUAAAUGAGCAGCAAGCUGAGUCAGGGAUUGUAGUAAGAGUUACUUCAACUGCACAAAGUAAAUUCAAGCUGCUCUACUUUGAACAAGAUGCAAAUGGUGGCUAUGGUUUGGCAUUGCAGGAAGACAGUGAGAAGACUGGCAAGGUGACGUCUGCAGGAAUGUAUUUCUUACAUUUUCAAGUGUACAGAAUGGAUUCAACUGUGAAUGCGUUAGCGAUGGCCAAGGAUCCUGAAGGGGCUUUCUUUAAAAGGUUGGAAGGUCUUCAACCUUGUGAAGUCUCAGAACUAAAGCCUGGCACUCAUAUAUUUGCUGUUUAUGGAGAUAACUUCUUUAAGACUGCUAGCUAUACAAUUGAGGCAGUAUGUGUGAAAUCACAUGAAGAAACCACCCAAAAACUUAAGGACAUUGAGGCUCAAAUUUUAAGAAAGAGGAAUGAGCUACGCCAAUUUGAAGCAGAAUAUAGAAAGGCAUUGGCUCGUUAUCAGGAAGUGACAGACAGAUACACAAAAGAAAAACAGACUGUAGACGAGCUUCUGAAACAAAGGGACAGUAUCCAUUCUUCCUUCAGCAUUUUCAAGUCAACCAAUAUUAGUGGAAGUGGUAGUAAUAUAAGCAAUGGAAGUUCUAGCAAAAUUUCUGGUGAAGAUUCCAAAGUUGAGAGCCCUGGGGAAGAUGGAGGGUCAGAUGGCAAGGAUAAAUCAGGCAAGAAGAAAUGGUUUAAUUUGAAUAUUAAAGGUUCUGAUAAGAGGUUGAUUUAAGAUGCACUUGAUUUUGCUUGUCUCUCUAUCAACCAGCUUGUUUCUGUGAUUGCAUCAAACUUAUAUCAGCCUGCGGAUAUUCCGGUUGCGGUGUAUGUCUGGAAUAUUUUCCUUUCCUUGGUUCCACCAAGUUGUAUAUUGGUUGGUUAAUCUGUUCAUUGGUAUGCGGUGCAUUCAAAGGUAUACGGUAUAUGUUACUGUUUCCAAUAUUUUUGUCGUCCAAUUUGAGACUCACAUCAUCCAAUUCCUUGAACAUAUAUAGUUUUGAUAUUGUAGUGAUAUAUUCAUUCUUGUAACACUUAUUUUCUUCAUCCUUGUUCUUUAUUAUCGAACACGCCAGCCAAAAAUAUAUA